AUGUCCUACAACGGCGGUUACAGCAACUACAACUCCGGUUACAACAACUACAAUAACAGGGACGACUACGGAUCCCGGGGCGGUGGCUACGGUGGAGGCCGUGGUGGUGGCUACGGUGGUCGUGGUGGUAGAUUCAACAGAGCCCCUAUGGUAAGAGAAGAGCUCACCACUCCUGAGUGGGAUCUCGACUCCUUGCCAAAGUUUGAGAAGAACUUCUACACCGAGCACCCCGAGGUGGCUGCCCGUUCCGAUGCCGACGUUCAGGCCUUCAGAAAGGAGAACGACAUGACCAUUGAGGCUGGUUUCCCAGACUACGUGCUCAGCGAGGUCAAGCAGCAGGGUUUCCCUAAGCCCACUGCCAUUCAGUGCCAGGGUUGGCCUAUGGCCUUGUCCGGUAGAGACAUGGUGGGUAUCGCCGCCACUGGUUCCGGUAAGACCUUGUCCUACUGUUUGCCAGCUAUCGUGCACAUCAACGCCCAGCCUCUUUUGAAGCACGGUGACGGUCCUGUUGUGUUGAUCUUGGCCCCCACCAGAGAAUUGGCUGUGCAGAUUCAGCAGGAGUGCUCCAAGUUCGGUGCCUCUUCCAGAAUCAGAAACACCUGUAUCUACGGUGACUUGGCUCGUGGUGUUGAGAUUUGUAUCGCCACCCCAGGUCGUUUGAUUGACAUGUUGGAAACCAAGAAGACUAACCUCAGAAGAGUCACCUACUUGGUGUUGGAUGAGGCCGACAGAAUGUUGGAUAUGGGUUUCGAACCUCAGAUUAGAAAGAUUGUCGACCAGAUCAGACCAGACCGUCAAACCUUGAUGUGGUCUGCUACCUGGCCAAAGGAGGUCAAGAACUUGACCAGAGACUACUUGAUUGACCCAAUUCAGGUCACCAUUGGUUCCUUGGAAUUGGCUGCCUCCCACACCAUCACCCAGCUUGUGGAGGUUGUCACUGAGUUUGAGAAGAGAGACCGUUUGGUCAAGCACUUGGAGACCGCCACCACCGACAAGGAAGCCAAGUGUCUUAUCUUUUCUUCUACAAAGAGAGCCUGUGACGACAUUACGUCCUUUUUGAGAGAGGACGGCUGGCCUGCUUUGGCCAUUCACGGUGACAAGGACCAGCACGAGAGAGACUGGGUGUUGCGUGAAUUCAGAAGCGGCAAGUCGCCCAUUAUGGUUGCCACCGAUGUGGCUGCCAGAGACCAUCCUGCCGACAAACUUCGUGCAAACUAUACUAACAAGUCAGACGUCAAGGGUAUCACCUACGUGAUCAACUACGACAUGCCCGGCAACAUCGAGGACUAUGUCCACCGUAUCGGUAGAACCGGCCGUGCUGGUACCUCAGGUACCGCUGUUUCCUUGUUCACCGACGGCAACUCCAAGCUUGGUGGUGAUCUCUGCAAAAUCAUGAGAGAAGCCAACCAGACCAUUCCACCCGAGUUGCAGAGAUUCGACCGUCGCUCGUACGGAUCUCACAUUAGAUACGGUCGUGGAGGAGGCCGUGGGGCCGUGGCCGUGGACGUGGAGGAUACGGUGGACAGACAGACGGGAUCCAACACCCAGCCUUUGGCCAACCGUCGUUUCUAG